UUAAAGUAACAAGUUAUGUGUCAAAUUGCGUGAUGCAAUAGCGGCAAUUUCAGUUCAGUCUUAAUUGAUUUGGUAGCGUAGAUUUUCGUACACCGUUUUGCAGCCUAUCUAAAAACCUGGACAUGCAGACUGAUGCAGCAGGAGACGGCGCAGGUAAACGUAACUUACGUAAGCAACCCGAAUGGGAACCACCCAGCCAUUCAAACACGCAUUGCUUGAAGCUGUUUAACAGUUUGACUCGGCAAAAGGAAGUGUUUAUCCCCGAAAAUGGAAACUUUGUAAAGUGGUACAGCUGUGGACCAACUGUGUAUGAUGCAUCACAUAUGGGACACGCAAGGUCUUAUAUCUCCUUUGAUAUUCUAAGAAGAGUUUUGAUGGAUUAUUUCGGUUACAAUGUCCUAUACUGUAUGAAUAUUACAGAUAUUGACGAUAAGAUAAUAACCCGUGCAAGGCAUAAUUACUUGGUUGACGAAUAUUUAAAACAAAGUCAUUCUAAAGAAGAAAUAAUUACAGAUGUGUCAGCAGCUUUAGAGGAAUUUUCAGAAAAAUUGUCAAAAACUGAUGAUCCUGACAAGAAAGUGAUGAUGGAAAGAUUGUUAAAGCAAGCUACAUUGUCAGUGGAUAAGUUAAAAACUACAGAGAUGCCUGGGGAAGCUGUGAUCGCAGAUGUGGUGAAUCAGGCUAAAGACCCUGUUGCAAACUGGCUAGAUAAAAAACAUGGAGCAGGUGUGACAGACAACUCAAUAUUUUCAGCUCUACCUCAGUAUUGGGAGCGUGAAUACUUUGAAGAUAUGGAUGCCUUGAAUGUUUCCCCACCCGAUGUCUUAACACGUGUGAGCGAUUAUGUUCCUGAGAUUGUAAAAUACGUCGAAGAAAUUAUAAAGAAUGGAUACGGUUACAAAUCCAAUGGUUCUGUCUACUUCUCCGUGUCUCAGUUUGAUUCCUCUGACGACCAUUUCUACGCGAGACUUGUCCCUGAAGCUGUAGGAGACCUGCAAGCUCUACAAGAAGGGGAAGGUUCACUCAGCAGUGUGGCUGAUCAAUUGAAUGAAAAACGUGCACCAAAUGAUUUUGCUUUGUGGAAAGCUUCGAAACCAGGGGAGCCAUCAUGGGAAUCGCCAUGGGGCAAAGUAAGUUACAGUUGUUUUUAUAGAUGUCUAAUUUUUGAGGUAUUAGGGUGUCUUUUGGACUAUAUGUCCUGGUAUAGGCGUCUAACAUGGGUAUGCAAGGUAUGCUUGUACACCCCGAAAAAUCAGAAUAUCCCUGGUUACCAAGUAUUAAUGCAUAAACGAUUCAAACAUUUUAUAAACUUAUAACAGGAUGCAUUGAAAAAGAACUCGGCUCGGCAGUUAAGGUUGGCGUUUUUACUUCAUUCAUGGAAAGAUACUUUAGAUUACUCUGACAACACCAUGCAUGACGCUGUACAGUUUGAAAAGCUUAUGAAUGAGUUUUUCCUAACUGUAAAAGAUGUUUUACGAAACCAACCAAACAAAGGACCAGAAGCGUUCAAGAAAUGGAACCAGGAUGAAAUGAAUCUAGCUAAGCUGUUUUCAGAGAGGCAACAAUCGGUUCAUGCUGCGUUAUGCGAUAACAUUGACACUCGUACAGCUCUUGACAACUUGCGUCAACUUGUGACUGCCUCAAACACCUAUAUUGCUUUGAAACACGAACAAAAGUCCCUACCGGAUGGACAGCUGCUGAAAAAUAUCGCAAAAUAUAUUACAUGGAUUUUCAAGGUUUUUGGGGCAAUAGCGCAAUCAGAUGAAAUUGGUUUUCCUCUCACUGUUGGUGGAAAUACUGCUUCGAAUGUUGAAGAAAUUCUCAUGCCGUAUCUUAAUACAUUAUCACAGUUUAGGGAAAAUGUACGCGCCAUAGCAAGAACACAUAAAGGUAAUUUGCUAGUAAAGGUUUUUGGGGCAAUAGCGCAAUCAGAUGAAAUUGGUUUUCCUCUCACUGUUGGUGGAAAUACUGCUUCGAAUGUUGAAGAAAUUCUCAUGCCGUAUCUUAAUACAUUAUCACAGUUUAGGGAAAAUGUACGCGCCAUAGCAAGAUCACAUAAAGUGUCCGAGGUACUUGAGUUAUGCGACUCACUGCGAGAUGACAUCCUCCCUGCUCUCGGUGUUCGGUUAGAAGAUAAAGAAGGAUUGAAAACAAUCGUUAAACUUGUGGAUAAGGAUCAACUCAUGAAAGAGAGAGAGGAAAAGAAAAAGUUAGAAGAAAAGAAGGCAAAAGAAAAAGAAGAGAGUAGGUUGGCUGCUGCAAGAAAAAAGGAAGAGAAAGAAGCUCAACGGAAAAUUCCACCAUCUCAACUAUUUUCCAAACAAACAGACAAGUUCUCUGCCUUUGAUGACCAGGGUUUUCCUACGCAUUCUGUUGACGGUAAAGAGCUCAGCAAAGGACAAACAAAGAAAUUACGAAAAUUAUACGACGCACAGACAAAACUAUAUCAAGAAUAUAUGCAAAGUGUUUCAACUCAAAAUGGGAGUUAAUGUUGAUAUAUUGAGAAUUAAAAAAUAUUUGCAACUAAGAUGUCACUGCGUCAGAUUACUUUAUAACUUAUUCCAAUUUUAUUCUGUUGUUCAGAUUGGGUAUAGCGGUGUUUUUGCAUUGUUUAUGUGACAUUAAGUAACACAAUGUUUAAUUUAUUGCUUAGGUGACAUUUGUAGUAAAGUUAUCAUGGUGUUGGCUGCUAGUGUAUUUUUCAUAAUAAAAUUAGAUAGGAAAACACAGCAUUAAAUAAUAUAACUUUAACACUUCUUUGUCAAAUAAAUAAAAUUCUUCUCA